CUUGUUGGUCCGACAUCUUGGUUUUGUGUUCUCUUCUACAUUGCCCGUUCUGGCUUGUUACAGCAAGGUCGUUAAACAGCCAAACAUGCCUUCCAUUUCCGCGACAGAGGCUAGGAUAACUGAAAACAGCAACUUUUUGUAAGAAGCAUCUUCUUACAGUUGCUAUGGCUUCAGCAAGAAGUCCAAUUAAAAUGCCAUGUGAAAAUGAAGACUUACCUGACAAAGAAAAUGCACCUGAUUUUGAUGAGGACACUUUACGAGCCACAGCUGAUGUUUGUAGGAAUCAGGGUAAUGAGGACUUUAGGAAAGGAGAUUUCAUCAAUGCUAUUCAUUUUUACACCAAAGGAAUUAAAAUGAACUGCAAUGAGAAAGAACUGAAGGCCAAACUGUACAACAACAGGGCUAUAGCACAUUUUAAACUUGGAAAUCACCAGGAUUCAAGAAGAGAUGCAGAAGCAGCCAUUGAGUUAAAUCCAACCUUCCUUAAGGCAAUUGUGAGAGGAGCCACUGCCUGUGUUGAACUGAAGAGAUUUGAAGAAGCAAUCAUUUGGUGUGAUAAGGGAUUACUUAUUGACAAAAAUAAUAGGAUCUUGUUGUCAUUAAAGCUUCAGUCUGUCAGACAAGUGGGAGACAAGUCAAUGGAGGAAAAAGAUCAUGUUACAUUUAGCAAUGACCAUGCUAGUGCAAGUUCAGGUGAUCUCCAAAAAGUCAUAGACUUCUAUAAUCCAGGGGACAAGCAUAGGGAGGGAAACAAUUAUGGCAAUCUUGGCAAUGCUAAUUACAGUCAGGGUAAUUUCAAAAAAGCCAUAGAGUACUACAACCUACAUCUUAAAAUAGCUAAAGAAGUAGGAGACAAGCAUGAGGAGGGUAACACUCAUGGCAAUCUUGGCAAUGCUUAUUGCAGUCUAGGUGAUUUCAAAAAAGCCAUAGAGUACCACAACCUCCAUCUAAAAAUAGCUAAAGAAGUAGGAGACAAGCAUGGGGAGGGUGUUGCUCAUGGCAAUCUUGGCAAUGCUUAUGACAGUCUUAGUGAUUUUAAAAAAGCCAUAGAGUACCACAACGUACAUCUUAAAAUAGCUAAAGAAGUAGGAGACAAGCAUGGGGAGGGUAACGCCUAUGGCAACCUUGGCAGUGCCUAUGGGAGUCUUGGUGAUUUCAGAAAAGCCAUAGAGUACCACAACCUACAUCUUAAAAUAGCUAAAGAAGUAGGAGACAAGCGUGGAGAGAGUGUUGCUUAUAGUAACUUUGGCAAUAUUUUUCAAAGUCAAGGUGCUUUCAAAAAAGCCAUAGAGCACCACAACCUACAUCUGAAAAUAGCUAAAGAAGUAGGAGACAAGUAUGGGGAGGGUGUUGCUUAUUGCAAUCUUGGCAAUGCUUAUCAGAGUCUUGGUGAUUUUAAAAAAGCCAUAAAGUACCAAAACCUACAUCUGAAAAUAGCUAAAGAAGUAGGAGACAAGCAUGGGGAAGGUAGUACUUUUUGCAAUCUUGGCAAUGCUUAUCAGAGUCUUGGGGAUUUCAAAAAAGGCAUAGAUAACUACUUCGUACAUCUUAAAAUAGCAAAAGAACUAGGAGACAAGCACGGAGAGGGUGUUGCUUAUGGCAGUCUUGGCAAUGCUUAUCGGAGUCUUGGUGAUUUUAAAAAAGCUAUAGAGUACCAGAACCUACAUCUUAAAAUAGCUAAAGAAGUAGGAGACAAGCAUGGGGAGAGUGUUGCUUAUGGUAAUCUUGGCAAUGCUUAUCAUGGUAUGGGUGAUUUCAAAAAAGCCAUAGAGUGCCAAAACCUAAAAUUUAAAAUAGUUAAAGAAGUAGGAGACAAGCAUGGGGAGGGUAUUACUUAUAGUAACCUUGGCAAUGCUUACAAAUCUCUUGGUGAUUUUAAAAAAGCCAUAGAGUACCACAGCCUACAUCUUAAAAUAGCUAAAGAAGUAGGAGACAAGCAUGGGGAGGGUGGUGCUUAUGGCAAUCUUGGCAAUGCUUAUAACUCUCUUAGUGAUUUCAAAAAAGCCAUCGAGUACCACAGCCUACAUCUUAAAAUAGCUAAAGAAGUAGGAGACAAGCAUGGGGAGGGUGUUGCUUAUGGCAAUCUUGGAAAUGCUUAUCAGAGGCUUGGGGAUUUCAAAAAAGCCAUCAAGUACUACAACCUACAUCUUAAAAUAGCUAAAGAAGUAGGAGACAAGCAUGGGGAGGGUGUUGCUUAUGGCAAUCUUGGAAAUACUUAUCAGAGGCUUGGGGAUUUCCAAAAAGCCAUAGAGUACAAUGACCUACAUUUAAAAAUAGCUAAAGAAGUAGGAGACAAACAUGGGGAGGGUGUUGCUUAUGGCAAUCUUGGCAGUACUUAUGGCACACUAGGUGAUUUGAAAAAGGCUGCACAGUACAAGGACCUACAUCUUAAAAUAGCUAAAGAAGUAGGAGACAAGCAUGGGGAGAGUGUUGCUUAUAGCAAUCUUGGCGGUGCUUAUCAGAGUCUGGGUGAUUUCAAAAAAGCCAUAGAGUACCACAGCCUACAUCUUAAAAUGGCUAAAGAAGUAGGAGACAAGUGUGGGGAGGGUAGCGCUUAUUGCAAUCUUGGCAUUGCUUAUGAAAGUCUGAGUGAUUUCAAAAAAGCCAAAGAGUACCACAAGCUACAUCUUAAAAUAGCUAAAGAAGUAGGAGACAAGCAUGGGGAGGGUGGUGCUUUUUGCAAUCUUAGCAAUGUGUAUGAAAGUCAAGGUGCUUUCACAAAAGCCAUAGAGUACCAGAACCUACAUCUUAAAAUAGCUAAAGAAGUAGGAGACAAGCAUGGGGAAGGUGGUGCUUUUUGCAAUCUUGGCAAUGGUAAUCAGAGUCUUGGGGAUUUCAGAAAAGCCAUAGAGUACCACAACCUACAUCUUAAAAGAGCUAAAGAAGUAGGAGACAAGUAUGGGGAGGGUGAUGCCUAUGGCAAUCUUGGCAAUGCUUAUUGGAGUCUUGGUGAUUUCAAAAAAGCCCUAGAGUACCACAACCUACAUCUUAAAAUAGCUAAAGAAGUAGGAGACAAGCUUGGGGAGGGUAACGCCUAUGGCAACCUUGGCAGUGCUUAUGGGAGUCUUGGUGAUUUCAGAAAAGCCAUAGAGUACCACAACCUACAUCUUAAAAGAGCUAAAGAAGUAGGAGACAAGCGUGGGGAGGGUACCGCUUAUGGCAAUCUUGGCAAUGCUUUUCAAAGUCAGGGUGCCUUCAAAAAAGCCAUAGAGCACCACAACUUACAUCUGAAAAUAGCUAAAGAAGUAGGAGACAAGCAUGGGGAGGGUCGUGCCCAUGGCAAUCUUGGCAAUGCAUACUUUUAUCUGGGAGAUUUGAUUAACGCUAACAAAUCAUACAACCUAAUGCUCGAAAUUACCAAAAAGGUAGAAGACAAAUCCUUGGAGGCAUUGGCGUUCUAUUUAAUAGGACGCGUUUUUGAGUCACAGGGUCGACUGCCAAAAGCCGUUGAACAUUAUAAAGUUAGCAUAACCUUAUACAAUUCCUUGAGAGUACUUCUAAAAUCUAAAGAUGAGUGGAAAGUCAACUUUCGAAAUCGGUACCAAGACGCGUAUACGGGUUUGUGGAGAGUUCUCGUAGAGCAAGGUAAUAUAGAUGAGUCUUUACUUGCCGCUGAGAAAGGACGAGCGCAAGCUCUAACCGACCUCAUGGAAUCCCGUUUUUGUGGUGGCACAAGCCAGCACAAGGGAGGCGAUGAAGAUUUAGCAGUUUUAAAAAACGUUCCAUCGAGCACUGUCUUUCAGGCAGUGGACAAAGCUGAACUCAAUCUUUGGGUUGUGUCCUUAGGAAAACAAGUUCAGUUAAGACAAAGUAAACUUAAUGGUUCUGUUUUAGAGAAUUGUGGAGCUAGCCAGUCCUUUGAGUCGCUCAUGUGCUGUGUCUAUACACAACUUGGUGUUCGUUCUAACGUGAGAUGUGAGAAUCGAUCUUUGGAUGCUUUGAGGAAGAGCCAUUCAAAAGUGGAUGAGAAAACUAAAGAACACAACCCUCAACCUCCCAUCCAACAAAACGAAUGCUUGAGCACUUUGUAUGAUAACGUUAUAAAGCCGGUGGCUGACCUGGUUCAAGGGGAUGAGCUAGUCAUUAUUCCCGAUGGACCCCUGUGGCUCGCUCCUUACGCUGCACUCAAGGAUGGUAAUUCUAAAUACAUGUGUGAAUCGUUCAGAAUCCGACUCGCCCCAUCGUUAACAAGUCUUAGACUCAUUGCCGAUUGCGCAGAUGAUUAUCACAAAAGCAGUGGUGCGUUACUUGUUGGAGAUCCGUGGGUAACAGAGGUUACUGACAGCAAGGGAGAAAAACCCCUCGAGCAGCUUCCGUCUGCUAAAGAAGAAGUAGAAAUGAUCGGAAAAAUUCUGAAUAUCACCCCAAUCACUGGCAGACAGGCCACGAAACGUGAGGUGUUGAAAAGACUCAGUUCCGUUUCGUUAGUUCACUUUGCAGCACACGGAUGUAUGGAAACUGGCGAAAUUGCUCUUACACCUGACCCAGACCGAAUAUCUGAUGUGCCAACGGAGGAGGACUACAUUUUAACAAUUGGAGAUGUGUUGACCGUUCAACUUCACGCCAAACUUGUUGUGCUUAGUUGCUGCCACAGUGGUCGGGGUGAGAUCAAGGCUGAAGGUGUGGUUGGCAUUGCGCGCGCUUUUAUGGGAGCUGGUGCUCGGUCUGUUGUGGUGUCCCUGUGGGCGAUUGAUGACGAGGCUACUCUCGAGUUUAUGAAAUGCUUUUAUCAACACCUUGCAGAAGGUAAACCUGCAAGCGAGUCACUGAACCUGGCCAUGAAAAGCCUCAGAGAAUCAGACAAGUUCCGCGACAUCAAACACUGGGCGCCCUUUUCGCUAAUUGGAGAUGACGUCACUCUCGACUUCAUGGGAAAGGAAAGAAAAAUUUGAAUAUUAAAUCACAUAAAUAAAAAAUUGGCUUUUCUUUCUUCUCAAAAAGAAUGAAAAAAUGGCGGAGGAACUUGGAAGCUUGAAAUGUCCCUCUAUUUUGGAAGUUUUUGGCUAUUUUUCAUUACUUUUUACUUUUUGUUAAAUAGAACUUGAGAUGUGUAACUUUACUUUGGUGUAGAAAUAAAAACAGUCUAUUUCAUUAUAUUUUGAUCAGUGGAAUUGAGAUUAUCUUUACAAGAAGAAUUGAUAAUUUUUUAAAUCCAUUUUAAUACAAGCUAAUUCUAUCAGUGCUAAGAUUGCCAUUCAAAGCUUAAUUUGACGAAGUAAACAUCAAAGAUGAUGUUAUUGAAUUUACUGACCAUAUGUUAGAGACAUUAGACUUACUUUUUUAGGGUGUAGCCAGCCUCUAGUCCCCUUAGGCCCGGCCUACCAUUGUUUUCCACCUACUUGACUUUUAGAAUAUGGCUCUUCUACAUCAUGAAUUACUUGAUAAAUUGAGAUUAUCAUUACAAGAAAAACUUGUUAUUAAUUUUUUUUUUGAUCCAUUUUAAUACAAGCUAAUUCUAUCAGUGCUAAGAUUGCCAUUUAAAGCUUAAUUUGACGAAGUAAACAUCAGUGAUUAUGUUAUCGAAUAUACUGACCACAUGUUAGAGACAUUAGACCUACUUUUUGGGGUGUAGCCAGCCUCUAGUCCCGUAGGCCCAGCCAACCAUUGUGACCAACCGCCUGCCUGACUUUUAUAAUGACUCUUGCAAAUGUUAAAACAAAAAUUGAAAUUUCUUAAGGAACAGGCUUUCAACAAGUCAAAAAACUGGCUACAACCCUGUUUUUUAUCAGAGAUCGGUCAAUUUUCGUUCGUUUUAUCAAACACUUAUCUGUUCGUUUUAAAGAACCACGACAGAGAGGUUAAUACUUUUCCAUGUAAUCUAAACAAAGAACAGCAAAGCAGAGUUCACUGUGACUGAAGUUUCCAUCGCUGUUACUUUUAAUGUAAGUGAGAUGGAAUUUGUUGUUUCUAGUAGAAAAAUAUUUACGGCCUUAAAUUAGACAAGAAAAUAAAGUAAGCCAUGUAGUCCUCAAUGGGAUUUUUUGGUGAAAAAGUUCAUGAAUAAAUGUAAAUCUAGUCCGUAGUUGAAAAGGUUCAGGGCUUCAGGAUAAAACUUUCAAUUUUUGAAAAUUCCUUCUUCAAAUUUUUUUCAUUUCUUGAAAUUUACCUUAGUUAGUAUAAUUUGAAGAUGUCUAUUAAUCCUUUUGACCCUAAGAGUGACUAGCAUCAAACUUCUCCCUACAAUAUCAUCCCUGAAUAACACGUGGGUCAUGAGAAUAAAGGAAAUGAUCACCAGUGAAAAAAGCUUUUGAUUGGUAAACAAAUUCUCCUUGUCAGUACCUCAGGAAAUGCAUGAAGAUCAGGAUGGAGAAUAUGCAUACUGAUUUUAGGGUGGAAAGGGUUAAUAUCUUUCUUAGAUGUAAGAAUUUAUACUUAGGUAUUUAGAGCACGCUUUGUAGUUAGAACCCGUUAUGUGGUCAAAAGUUUAAGAUAUAAUGUAUCACAGCUGUUUUAGAAGAAAGUUUUAUAAAAUCAGUAUUGAUUUUGCAGAUUUUCGUAACUACCAUUGGUAGAUGGUGCUGUAAAAUGUAAUAGCUAACCUCGCACAUGGAUUGAAUAUUAUGUAACGUAGGAUUUUAAAAACAAGUUGAAACAGUUUUAACUAAAUAGGCAUUGUA